AGGGCAAUCAACAAAAUGGCAAACUCAGAAGCACAUGGUGUUGUAAUCAUCCAAGGAUUUACAGUCAUACAAGUGAAAUUCAGUGAAAGAAGUAAAGCUUGCCAUCAGUUGUACUUAAAGGAACAUUCUGUCAGAGAAAGCAGUUCUUGUAAACCGAAAGACAGAACUUUGUUUGUUGUGGGUGUUCCACCAUAUUGUGAUGAGGAGUGUUUCAAGAGGCUAUUUUCUGACUGUGGAAAAGUCCAGCAUGUCUACUUUCACACAUCGCCAACAUCAGACCCACCUGUAAUUAACAGAUCAAAGUAUUUUCCGGAGUCUGCACUGGUCAAAGGAUUUAGGGUAGCAUACGUAGUGUUCAGGAGUCCAGGAUCCAUAGCAAAAGCAAAAAGUAUCCCGUUUGAGAAAGCCCGGACACUGUCCACAGUCGAUCAUCCCUUGCUGACCGGGAUCAAAAAGUGGAAGCAGCAGUACUUAGAGGUUGGAGCAGGGGUAGACACCCGGGAGCUGCAGGCUGAAAUUGAGGAUUUUAUGACAAAGUUUGACCAGAACCAAGAGGAGGAACUUCAAAAAGCCAAAGAGAAUGAGGGAGUUCCAGAUGAGGACGGCUGGGUGACGGUGACCAGACAUGGGAAAAAUAAAGGUGCUCCCAGAACAGAGGUCCAUGAAAAACGAAUUAAUGUCAAAGAGAAGAAAAAGCGGAAAGAAAAGGAACUGCUAAACUUCUAUUCAUUCCAGUUGAGAGAGUCUAAAAUGGAGCAUAUUGCCACCUUAAGACAGAAGUUUGAAGAAGACAAACAAAAGAUAGCUUUGAUGAAACAGGCCAGGAAGUUCAGACCAUAUUGAUGAUCUUCUACAGAUUAUUGAUUAUUUUCAUUUACUGUAUUUCAGGAGAAUAAAUAACAUUGCAUGCAUCAGUUUAAACAUAGAGAGUUUGUGAUUAUUUCUGUGAUGAGA